CCCUCUGCGAGACAGGACGUGAAAUUGCAAUCGUCCCUAAUUUGUACGACUCAAUGAGCUGAACAUUUAGAGCUCCUCAUUCCACAAAAAACAGUGACAGUAUCCAAAUUCUAACAAAAAAAAAAAAAAAAUAUUUCGAAUGGAAGCUGUGCGACAGAGGAGUUUAUCUCGUUAAAUUUUUGUUGAGUUUCAAUCUCGCUCGAGUGAAACGAUUCGUGUGCGAGGAACGGUUACAUCGAUUCUAAACGCAAUCGCAAAAGCGCGUGAUAUGUGCUGCAUCGGGCGUAUUACGCAAGCGAUAAGAGUGAUGCUGGGAUGAGAUGAGAUGAAGAGAUGAUGCAAAACGUGUGACUUUAAAGCUGUAGCUUGGUGCAAAGAAGCAAAUCGAGAAGCGGAAUAGUGUGAGAAGCGAAACCAUCCCGGCAGAUGGGAAGUGUGAUGUGUGAUAAAUGAUUCGUCUGUUUGGUGUUUGAAGAGCUCUGUGAAGGAAGCAAAUAUACAAAUAUUGGCGAAGCAAAAGAUGAAUUUAAAAAUGACAAACAGUGAUUGUUAGAAGCAAAAGUUAUAGUGUCCUCGUAUAUUUCCUCAAUUUCCGCCAAGGCCAAAUUAUUUGUGUCUUCAUGUGUUUACUCUAAGUGGAUCUUCCCGCGAUCUUUCUACUCUACGUUCCUACGACUGUGAAAACACACAGUUCAAAACUGCUCACAAAUGGAGAAUCUCAGGAUUUUAGUUCUGCUCGCUCUGGUGGCCACAAUCACUGCCCGGUCCUCCCUGAUGAGCCGCAUGGACAUCGCACCGAAGGGAUGCAAGUGGCAAAGGGUGCUCGAUGAGAAUGCCGAAGAUGAGAACGCUAUAACCACGGUGCUGUCCUGUAAGCUGAAAACGAUUGGCGGCACCGAUACGUUGAUGCGUAAUUUAAGCAGCCACCAAAUCGAGCGCAUCAAUUCGCUCAAGCUGGAGUGUAGCGAUAUUCUGUUCUUCGAGAGCUCCCUCGAAGCCAACCAGCACUCCGGGGCGUUCCUUGGUUCCCUGAAGCGCCUCCGAGAUCUCAAAAUCGAAUACUGUAAAAUUAAGUACGUGCCUUCGAUGGUCCUCUCGACUCUGAGGGAUCUUCGCUCGUUAUCCCUGCGAACCCACAACACCGAUUGGUCGGCGAUGAAUCUAGAGUUCCACCCAGAAAGCUUCCGUGGUUUGACAGAACUCAAGCGAUUGGACCUCGCUGACAACAACAUUUGGAGCCUGCCAACCGACGUGUUCUGUCCGCUGUUUUCGCUGCGACAGCUCAAUCUGACCAAGAAUCGACUCACCGAUAUCUCCCAGCUCGGAUUUUCCGACUGGGGCAACGGACCGACUGCGCCGGGAAAAGCCUGCAACACAGGACUGGAGAUCCUGGAUAUCUCUCACAACGAUCUGUUAUCACUUCCCGAUAACGGCCUCUCAUCACUUAGAUCGCUAAACGUGCUGUUCCUCCAAGAUAACCUACUAACCGCCCUUGCCGACCGUUCGUUCGUUGGACUCGGCUCGCUAAAAGUUGUCAACAUGUCCAGCAACAAGCUGGUGGCCCUGCCGCCGGAGCUUUUCCAAUCACCUCGGGAGCUGCGACAAAUCUAUCUGCAGAACAAUUCGCUCUCGGUCCUUGCACCAGGUCUCCUGGAAGGAUUGGAUCGUCUCGAGAUUCUCGAUUUGUCCCACAACGAACUCACCUCCGAGUGGAUCAACCGUGACACCUUCGCCGGUCUCAAGCGGCUCGUAGUGCUCGACAUCAGCCGCAACGCCCUGACCAAAAUCGACCGUCACGUAUUUCGAGAACUGUUCAGCCUCCAAAUACUCAACCUCGAGUCCAAUCUCAUCGAAACAAUCGCCGACAAUGCAUUCAGCGACUUGAAGAACCUGGUGGCCCUAACGCUGUCGACCAACAAGCUAAAGCGUAUCGAUGAGCACCACUUUAGCGAGCUGUACGUCCUCAACCAGCUUUACAUCGAAUCAAACCUCAUCGAAUCGAUGCACCCGCGAGCGCUGGAAAAUCUCACCAACCUAAACGACCUCAACCUGAACGACAACCGGCUAACGGAAAUCCCGGAAGGACUGGGCAAGUUACGCUUCCUGAAAUCGCUCGACCUGGGAAAGAAUCGCAUCGUCAGCGUGUACAACGCAUCGUUCGAGGGGCUCGAGCAGUUGCUCGGCUUGCGACUGGUGGAAAACCGCAUUACGAAUAUCUCACGGGAUGCGUUUGUGACACUGUCGUCGUUGCACGUGCUCAAUCUGGCCUCGAAUCAGAUUCGUCACAUCGAUCAGUCAGCGUUCAGUUCGAAUCCCACCAUCCGGGCGAUUCGGCUGGACAACAACGAGCUGGAGGACAUCAGUGGGGUGUUCACUUCGCUGCCGGCGCUGGUUUUCCUCAACGUUUCGGACAAUCAGAUCCGCAAUUUUGACUACAGUCAUCUGCCGGCUUCGCUCGAGUGGCUCGAUAUGCACCAGAACAAUAUCACCGAGUUGGGGAAUUACUACGACUUGAACAACCUGCAGAUCAAGAUGUUGGAUGUGUCGUUCAAUCGGUUAGCGUCCGUUGACAACAAAAACGUUCCGGACAGCAUCGAGACGCUGUUUCUGAACAACAAUGUGCUGGAGGAGGUGGCGGCCGGAACGUUCCUGAACAAGAAAAACCUCCAGAAGGUGGUGCUGUACGGCAAUUACAUCAAGAAGAUUGAGAUUGGAGCGCUGGCGCUAACGCGCGUUGGCGAUGACCGAGAUAUGCCGCAGUUUUACAUCGGUGACAAUCCGAUCCAUUGCGACUGCACGAUGGAGUGGCUGCAGGGAAUCAACAAACUCUCCCACCUGAGACAGCACCCGAGGGUGAUGGAUCUGGACAUCGUGAUGUGUACGAUGGAACACGAACGGGGCGUUUCGAUCCGUCCAUUGAUGGAUUUGAACUCGCACGAUUUUCUGUGCCAGUACGAGACGCAUUGUUUCGCGACGUGCCAUUGCUGUGAUUUCGAUGCGUGCGACUGCAAGAUGACCUGCCCGGAUCGGUGCAGCUGCUACCACGACCACACCUGGAAGACCAACAUCGUGGAUUGUGGCAACGCCGAUUACACCGAAGUUCCGGAGCAUAUUCCCAUGGAUGCGACAACAAUCUAUCUGGAUGGGAACGAUCUCAAGCAGCUGGGAAGCCACCAGUUUAUCGGGAAGAAGAAGUUGGAAGUGCUUUAUCUGAACAAUAGUAACAUUGCGAAUGUGCACAAUAGGACCUUCAAUGGGAUACCAAGUUUGCGAGUGUUACAUUUGGAGAAUAAUUUUAUCGAAGAGCUGCGUGGUUUUGAGUUCGAUCAGUUGACGAAUUUGAAUGAACUGUAUUUGGACCAUAAUACGAUUGGGUUUGUGGGUGCGAAAACGUUUGAAAACUUGAAGUUUUUGGAAGUGAUAAAUCUGAGUGACAAUAAGAUUAAUGAGUUUUCGCCGUGGCAAGCCUUGGCGGCGGCCUCCGAAACCGGUUCGCUGAACAAAGUGUCGCUGGAGGGAAAUCGGUGGAAGUGUGACUGUGAGUCUCUGCAUAAGCUGCAGCGGUGGAUUAGAGACGUUAGUGGUAACUUCGAUAUUAACCGGAUGAUUUGUGCGGACAAUAGAGUGGUUGGUGAUGUGAUCGGUACUUGCGAGAGUAGAUUGGAGUUUGAUAAUGAAGUGGCUCCGCCAGCGGUGCAUAGAACGGUUCUGAUGGGUCACGGACUGAUUGGUGGUGGUUACGUACCAUUGCUGGCUGCGAUAGUGGUGGCUCUCAUAGGAACGGCGUUGAUAGUGGCGUUAGCAUGUGUCUUCCGACAGGAUGUGCGUCUUUGGGCCCACGCCAAGUAUGGUGUUCGGUUGGUGAAGGAUCCGAUCAUUAUGGCAAGCAGUCAACCGGACGCGGAUAAGCUGUAUGAUAGUUACGUGGUAUAUAGCAUCCAUGACAACGAAUUUGUGGGGCGACUGCUGGGAGCCGAGCUGCAGCACUACGGGUACUCGGUAUGUUUGCAUCAUCGCGACGUGAAUGCGAACGCUUUCCUCUCGGAUUCGCUGCAAAGUGCAGCGGAUGCUUCGAAGAAGAUAAUUCUUGUGGUUUCGAUGAACUUCCUCCAAAACGAAUGGUCCCAGCCGCAGUUCCGUGUGGCGCUACAGUCGGUCAUUGAAAACAUCCGACCAGCCUACAGGAGGCACAAGAUGGUGGUCGUUCUCACGGCUCCCGUCGAACUGGUGGCGAUGGAUCCGAUCAUGAAUUUGCUCAUCCGAACCUGCACGGUCGCCUGCUGGGGAGAGCGCAAGUUUUGGGACAAACUUCGGUACGCCCUCCCGGAUAUCAACAAGGACCGGGCGCUGAAGAAGCUCGGUGACAUCAGCCGCAGUCCGAACCUCCGGUACACACCGGCUCCGACUGCGAUGGAUCAGUGGUGCAAGAUGAGCCACCCAGGGGUGGCCGUCCCGGUGGCAGUGCCCCAGAGUACACCAUCCCAAAGUACCUGCAACACAGAGGACGAAUCCUCGUCGGCUUCGUCACAGCAUUACGAGGCUCCGCUGAGUCAGCACUACAACAUGAGCCGUUCCAGUGCCUCGCUUGGUCACGUGUACUCCACGAUACCGGAGACGCCCCAAAUGGGGCGCAACGGAAGAGCUUAUUUCGUGUAAGAUAUAGUCUGUGAACGUUUAGCAUAUUAUUUUGUUUCCUAGCUUCUCGUUUAGCAUGUAUUAUAUGUAAAUUUGUACAGAACAAAGAUGAAAUCUCAUUAGUCAUGUUAUGGAUCGAGUCAAUUCAGUUUUUUUCUGGAAUGUUACACCAUGUUAAACUGAUUAAACACACACACUGACACAAACGAACACAAAAACAAAACGGACAGCGAAGUUCUACGCUUGCUGGAACACUUCUUAUUUGCCAAAUAUUAUUAAUUGUAUUAUGAUUCGCUCAAAGACACUACUAGGCUCGAAAAAAUGAAAUCGAAAAUUGUAGUGAUAAUAUACUACUAUGAAACUUAUUUUACCCCUUUAACAAACAAGAGUCCUUCGAGCGAUUGGGGUGACAAACCCAAGAUGAAAACAAUUAUGACUUAAUAAACGUGAUACUAGUUUUUAUAAACAAAUUACUAUUAUUAAAGUGAACGAAAUAAAUUGACUAUUAAUCUUAAGUGUACUCGAAGGCAGAUUACAGAGCUAUAGAAAUAAAUUUCGUAUGUUUAAAACACAAAUGGCAGCAAAGAAAAAUGGAUAAAGAAAAACGAUCGAAAGCUAGACAACCUCGGUAAUGUUUUCGGUCUAGACGAAAAUCAAAUUGCAAACAAAACCUCGAAGAGUAUAGGGAGAGUAUCCAUCAUACACACAUUACUGUAAAACAAAAUUAUUAGUUACCGCCAUUAGAUGUAUAUGAACACAAAAAUCUACCCCGAGGCCCGUGGGCUUGCAAAACAAAACAUUGUAUAUUUGAUUAUAGAAUAAUAAUUUAUUACGGAAA